AUGACAUUGAUCAGUAGGGUACUGUCCAGCAAGUACAUUAGAUCAGAGUUGUUUAGACAUGUAUUAUUGAUACACAGACAGUUGGGCAUCACCAAUGUCUUCCAUUCAUCAGAUGUCGUAUCACUCUAUCAAUGUGUACAAUGUGGAGACACUGCCAAAUUCAUCCAUCACUGUGAUCAGUUGGACAUCAGUGUCCAUUCACCUCAAGAACUACUCAACACAAUCAAUGAAGCAUUCUAUCAUGCAUUACAUAGACAGAAUACUAUAUUAGUAAGAUAUAUCAUCGAACGAUUCAAGCGAGGCAAAGACACAACUGUGGCUCAGUUGGUUGCAUAUAUUAUGAAUUCAUUGUUCACAUUCAAUGUGAAGUCCAGGCCCAAGUCCAUCAAGCUCAGUCGACCAAUGAUUUACACAUUGCUCGAUUACAAGGUUGUCAUACCUCCAUCGUUCAUUUAUAACUUUGUAAUGAGGUCUGCUUUGGAGGAUCAUUACGACUUGGACUGGUUCACCGAGAUGUGUCCUGUAUUCUUGCGAGACUAUAUAUUUGAAAGAUACAUCCUCAUUGGCUACGAGAUGAGAGAGUUCAAUCCUAUGUUCAUCAGACAUCAAUCACGAAUCAUUGAUGACCUUCACCAAUACCUCAAGUCAUUCAAGCCAGAGGACUACUCUGUUUCAACCAAAACCAUGACCGAGUUCGUACUCAAACAUAGGCUGUAUGACCUGCUAGUUAUGAUUGCCAAGCAUGCCAUUCAUUAUGAAGACCGAAGGAUUCAACUGUGUCUUUCGCCAUCUGAACAUCCAAUCAAUGUUGAAUCGCUCAUGGAGCUGUGGAUUAACAAUCCUCCACUAUUCAAUCGACUUGCAUCAGAUGGUGAUAUCAACUUUAUGAAGCAAGUCCAUCAUCUCAUGCCAGAGUAUGUUACCUGGACAUACAAUAGUCGAGGUCCGUACCAACAACUGUUUGACAAUCAAUUGCUACAAUGUGCGUUGUCUGGUGGCCACUAUCUCUGUGCACUCUACAUCUUGGACAACAUCACUCAGUUCCUUCAAGCAGUAUCAUUCAAGGUCGACAAAGAGCAUCAACAUCCAAAAAACAAAUGGAUUGUGACUGGAGUCAACAUGGGACAGGACCAUGGACACAACUGGUUGGAGUAG